UGUUCUUUCUGCGGGCAUCCCUUGUUGGCGCCGUUGUAGCGAUUCGGUGCAUGUUUUCGCAGGAGCCUGUCCUGCGAGCUCUCAUCGUUCUUGUCCUUAAAAAUGGAACAAGAACGCCUUCUCCAGCAUUCGUCGUCUUCGAUUCGAAUCCGAUCAGUCUCUGGUUUCGUCGGGGGUUUGAACUAGCCAACGCCGGGGGAUCGCCGCCGGCGCUACGUGAACCCACAAAGGAGACGAGAUCAUGAAGCUGGUCACAGCCUCCGCCGUUUCGCAACGAUCACUUCUCGCAUCCCUCAAUUCCAAUCUCUCUGUCUCUCUUUCCUCUUCUUCUUCUUCUUCUUCUUCUUCUUCAUCACUAGCUUCAGUAUUAUCGACAGUCCUCAAUGCUGAACACAUGCGCCCAGCGAAUCCCGUUUCAUGCUCUCAAGGCGCGAGCGAGCAAUUGAUUUCUCUGAUCAAGUCGUGUGCCCAUGAGUCCCAUUUGCUCCAAAUCCACGCCCACAUCCUCCGUACUCGCUCCCUCGAAGACCCCACCAUUUCCCUCCGCUUCUUGUCCCGCGUCUCGCUCUCGCCGUUCGGUCGCGUCUCCUACGCCCGCCGUUUCUUCUCUCAGAUCAAGAACCCGUCUCUCGCCGAGUUCAACACCAUGAUUCGAGCUUAUUCCGGGAGUGAUUCGCCCGAGGAAGGGCUUUACUUGUACAGAGAGAUGAGGCGGCUCGGUGAGAGGACUAAUUCGUUGACAUCUUCUUUUUGUAUUAAAUCGUGUACAAAGAUGGCGUCUUUGACGGGUGGCUUGCAGAUUCACGGAAGGAUUGUGAGAGACGGGCAUCAAUCCGACAGCCUUUUACUCACUGCUUUGAUGGAUUUCUACUCGAUUUGCUGUAAGAGCGAGCAAGCCUGUGCGGUAUUUGACGAAAUGCCUGAGAGGGACACUGUUGCUUGGAACGUGUUGAUUUCAUGUUACUUACGCAAUUGCCGAACACGUGAUGUGUUAGCGGUGUUUGAUGCUAUGAUUGGUGGAGAGUGCGGAUGCCAACCAGAUGAUGUUACUUGCUUGCAUGUCCUUCAGGCUUGCACUAGUUUAAAUGCGCUGGAAUUCGGUGGAAGGGUCCAUGAGUAUAUUCAAGAAAGAGGCUACGGUGAUGCUGUCAAGCUUUGUAACUCUCUAAUUACAAUGUAUUCAAGGUGUGGAUCCAUGGAUAAGGCUUUCAUGGUUUUCAAGGGAAUGCGAGUUAAGAAUGUGGUUUCUUGGAGUGCUUUGAUUUCUGGUUUAGCCAUGAAUGGGAAGGGAAGAGAAGCAAUUGAAGCAUAUCUUGCAAUGCUGAGAGCAAAUGUUGUUCCUGAUGAUCAAACGUUCACUGGAGUCCUUUCUGCUUGCAGUCAUAGUGGAUUGGUUGAAGAAGGAAUGUUGUUCUUCGAGGAAAUGAGCAAAGAUUUCCAAAGAAUGCCGAAUGUCCAUCACUAUGGAUGUAUGGUUGAUUUAUUGGGUCGAGCUGGCUUGCUUGAUCAGGCCUAUGAACUAAUAAUGUCGAUGUCUAGCAAGCCUGAUUCAACGAUAUGGAGGACCUUACUUGGGGCUUGCAGGAUUCAUCGCCACGUCGCCCUUGGAGAACGUGUAGUAUGGCAUUUAACUGAACUCAAGGCUCAAGAAGCAGGGGAUUAUGUUCUGUUACUGAACACUUAUUCUUCUGUUGGUGACUGGGAAAGGGUGACAGAAGUGAGAAAGUUCAUGAAAGACAAUGGGAUUCAGACAACCCCCGGAUGUACAACAAUCACGUUGAACGGAAUUGUGCAUGAAUUCACUGUGGAUGAUGUGUCGCACCCGCGGCAAAAUGAAAUCUAUACUAUGUUAGAUGAGAUUGGGAGUCAGCUGAAGAUUGCUGGCUAUGUCCCUGAAAUAUCAUCUGAGCUGCAUAAUCUUAGCUCCGAAGAGAAGGGUUAUAGGCUUUCUAAUCACAGUGAGAAAUUAGCUAUUGCUUUCGGCAUCCUUGCAACUCCACCCGGCACAACUAUUCGAUUAGCUAACAAUCUCAGGAUCUGUGUGGAUUGCCACAACUUUGCCAAGGUCCUUUCAAGUGUUUAUGACAGGAUGGUAAUAAUCAGGGAUCGUUCUAGGCUUCAUCACUUUCAAGGAGGACAUUGCUCCUGCAAUGACUAUUGGUAGGGACGAACACUUAAGGUCAGAAACAAAUGUGCUCUAGGACAGGUACUCGGGAACAAACUGGCAUUUGGUUAGAUUUGGCUCAUUGACAUGGCGUACACAAAGUGGGGUAGAGCACCAGUGAGUUUAUCUUGGGGAGAAGUUCGGGGAUUACCUGUCUAGGACCAUCGUGUUAUUUGAUGAGUGGUCUUGGAACCUGAGAUGCCCGAACAGCUCCCUCUUCAUAGUUUCUUCGUCUGCAAUGGCGAACUCUAGCAACUAUGUGGAAGGGAUUCCUCGAAGCCACCUGAAAAUUCUUUUGAGAUGCACUUCGAAGGGGGGAAACUUAAUGCAGACAGGAUCUUACCUAACAUAUCCAGCAAAAAAAAAACGUGAAAGUUUUGACGAAAUUUGUUGCUCCAAAAUGUGGUGGUAGGAAGAUCCAAGAACUCUUUCUGGUGCGAUUAGUCUAUGAGGAUACUAUGAGGACAAUACUGGUUUCAUCAACAUGACCCCGAACAAAGCAAAUUGGUACUGCAAGCACCUUGCACCGGCAAUUGAAAGAUUGUCAAACUGCUCACUGUGUACUCAGAUCUCAAUAAGGUUGCAUUGACGAGCUCAUAUCUCGUUUUACUUUUGAGUGAUAUUAGAUUUGUUCUAAAGUCGCAGCACCUGCAAGGGCACACGGCCUCAUUACAAAAUGGUUUCGUCUAAAGAAAUAUUUCUAUGGAGAAGACUGUCAAUUCACAAUUUUAGUGUGUAUCUCAAGGAAAUACUGAUGAGUAGCUGGAUCUGAUUUACUUCGACUCUCGAACUUUGUGUUUUCACAAGUUUUUAUCUUUUUGAGAA